CGACAGCUUUCGGCGCGCGUUUAACAUCCAGUAGGCGUUCAGCCUCCGAGCGGAUAACAUUGCGUUGUUGUAGUUCUUGGAGUUCAGCCAAUCACAUUUAACCACAAUAACCAUUGAAAACAAACGUUCGAUUUCGAUAACGAUUCGAUUCUUUGAGUUCAAGUACGAGAGUUCGUUAUUUCAAACGUGCGUGAGACGCAAAUUAUCGAGACACACAGAUAGAGAAAGAACUCCAAAAAAGAACUUGAAAAAUUUAUUUCAAAAAUUGUUAUUUCGAAAAAUUGAAUUUCGUGUCGGCGCGCGAAUUUUCUUGUUUCAAAAACUAUAGCAAUUAUCAAUUUAAUAAGAAAUAUUAUAUAUACAAAAAUCUUGUGCUCAUUUUUUGUUGUCUUUUUUUGUUGUUGUUCCUGGUGCAAAAUAUUCAAAAAUUACAAAAUACAACAAAAGCAAAUUUCCUAAAUAUUUUUUUUGCUGUUUUAUUGUGACUUGAGAGUGAGAGAGAGAUAGAGAGAGAAAGUGAGCAGAAGAGAAGCUAAAAGAAAGAGACAGAAGAGUGCAACUGCAGCGAAGAACAGGACAAAGAGCAAAAGACAGCAGUAGAAGCUACAAAAUGGAAUGACCAGAGUUGUCAUCGUUGUCGUUGUCGUCGAAGAUGCUGCAGCAGUCAGCUGCAACAGCAACAGCAACAACAGCAACAGCAACAACAGUUGGUAGACAGGCCAGCAAUGGCCAGCGACGUCGCGUGGCAGCAAACGACAGCUGCAACAACAAUAACAACAACAACAGUAACAGCAACAGCAACAAUCACAACAGCAACAACAAUCGAAGCAACAGCAACAGCAGCAACAAAUUGAAGUCACAGCAAAUGCAUUCCAACGAGGAGCCUCCAAUGUCGGUGAUCGUCGACGGCGGCAACAUGUCACAGCAGCAACAGCAACAGCAACAACAGCAACAGUCGAAGCUGCGUCGCAGUGGCAGCGCCAAUGCUGCUGGCAGUGGCAGCCAUCAAAGGCUGCGCAAAACCAGUUCCUGCAGCGCCACAGCAAAGGAGACGCCACAAACAGCGCGUCGCAUGCAACGACAGCCAUCGAAUGCCUCCGACACAAUGCAACACAAGCAGCAACAACAACAUCAACAACAACAACGUCGCUAUCAACACUCAAGUCGCGGUGGCAGCAAGGAGCGUUCUUCGGAGGCGACACGACGCCGUGCCACACGUCGCCACAGUGGCGCCUCCUCAUUAAGCGAUGCCGCACAUCGCAGCCGUACACGUGCCACACGCGGUCGCACCUCCGCUACUGCCGCUGCUGGUGGCACCUCAGCGGCCAGCUCCUCGACCGCCUCCAGCUGCAACGGCAGCUGCAGCUCCGACGACGGCGACUCCUCGCACACAUCCUCAUCCUCGUCCAGCUCGUCGGGUGAGCCGAAUCUGCCGUAUCCCGGUUUUCCCGAAAUCGCCAUGAAGGCCCUCACGCAGUACACACGGCCGCGCAACUGGUGCCUCAUGCUCAUCACAAAUCCGUGGUUUGAGCGCAUCUCGAUACUCGUCAUUUUGCUGAACUGCAUAACCCUGGGCAUGUAUCAGCCCUGUGUGGACGAUACCUGCCUGAAGCCGCGCUGCAGGAUACUGCAGAUCUUCGAUGACAUCAUCUUUGCCUUCUUCGCCCUGGAGAUGACCAUCAAAAUGGUUGCCAUGGGCAUGUGUGGCAAGAACACAUAUCUGGCCGAUUCCUGGAAUCGCUUGGACUUUUUCAUUGUGCUCGCUGGACUGUUGGAGUAUGUGAUGCAUGUGGAGAAUCUCAACUUGACAGCGAUAAGGACAAUCCGUGUGCUGCGACCACUGAGAGCUAUAAAUCGCAUACCCAGUAUGCGUAUCUUGGUGAUGCUUUUAUUGGAUACUCUGCCCAUGCUGGGAAAUGUGCUCUUGCUCUGCUUCUUUGUGUUCUUCAUCUUUGGCAUUAUUGGAGUGCAGCUGUGGGAGGGAAUACUGAGACAGCGCUGCACGCUGGAAAGACCCGAUGGCAUGAUCUAUCCCAUAACGGGACUACCUGAAGUGUACAGAGUUCGAGUCCGUGUUAACUCCCUCUCGCAGUACUAUGAAUUCUCCAAGGAUCAAGACUACAUCUGCUCAACGCCCGAGGAUUCGGGUAUGCAUCUGUGCGGCAAUUUUCCACCCUAUCGCAUCGGCUCCCUCGUUUGCAGCGAGGAGGCCAAGCUGCUGGACCUGAACGAGCCGACGAAUACGUCGUGCGUGAAUUGGAAUCAGUAUUACACGACCUGCAGACAGAGUGGCGAGAAUCCCUUUCAGGGCACGAUAUCCUUCGACAACAUUGGCAUGGCCUGGGUGGCCAUAUUCCUGGUCAUCUCGCUGGAGGGCUGGACGGACAUUAUGUAUUACGUGCAGGACGCGCACAGUUUUUGGGAUUGGAUCUACUUUGUGCUGCUGAUUGUGAUUGGCUCGUUCUUCAUGAUCAACCUGUGCCUGGUCGUCAUUGCCACCCAAUUCUCGGAGACAAAGAAACGUGAAAUGGAACGGAUGCGUCAGGAGAGAGCACGUUAUACAUCCACCUCGACAUUGGCGAGCAGUACGAACAACUCGGAGCCGGCAACUUGUUAUGCGGAGAUUGUCAAAUACAUCGCCCAUCUGUGGCGACGCUUCAAGAGACGAAUGUUAAAGAAGUACAGAUUAUAUAAGUAUCAGAGACAACAGCGUCGAGAGGGUUUGCUGCCCAAUGCCGAUAAUUUGACAUUUUCACCGUCGCGGAUCAAAUGCCAUCAUCCCAAUUGUCCCAAGUACAGUAAUCGCAAGCCGUCCAGCAUACAGGAUCAGAUGAUUACCGUUAUGGUGCCGCUCAACUCCAAUAACAAUAACAACAACAACAACAACAAUAGCAACAACAACAGCAGCAACAAUGGCAACAACAACAACAACAAUCACAAUCACAAUCACACAACCGUUGCCCUUGUCAAUGGCAUCAAUGGCAGCACUGCAAGUGUCACAAUGGCCCAGCACCACCAACAACCACCGCCAACUGUUGCUGCUGGUGGUGUUGCUGGUGUUGCUGGUGUUGGUGCUGCUGUGGUGCAGGGACAACUCUCAUCGUCGGACAACACGGAGCAAUCGUUGGGCGAGCUCAGUGGCUCCGGUGUGGCACGACGCAGUUCAUCGCUGAAGAAACCCACCGUGGGCCACCACAGUCACAACAUGCAGCUGAAGCCGGUGGACGGUGGGGCAGGUGAGCAGAAGACCAUUCUGCUCAAGUUGCCGCAACAGGUCAUCGACUCAGAGCAAUUGAUUAGUCAUCCCUGCACUUCGGGCUUCCUCAGUCCCCCCACCUCGGCCAGUCGACGGCCCUCGGUGAUGUUCAAUGAGUAUGUGUUGUUGCACACACCGCCAGCAUUAAAUGGCGAGUCGACAACAGUUGCCACCAACGUUGCUGCAACGCCAACAACAACAGCAGCAGCAACAACUGUGGCAGCAAUAACAACAAGUGGCAGCGCUGCAGGAGGCGCUGCAAGUGGCAACAUUUCGGAGAAGAACAACAUUCACUCAACGGAGAAGAUGACACAAGCUGGCGAUGGCAGCAUUUGGCAGGUGAAUCUACCGCAGACAAUUGGCACGAUUGCCAAUCCGUAUGCAGAUUGCUCUGAAUUGGGUAUACACGACGCGAUGACUUGUCAAGAGCUUUUAGCAUUCUCUGUGGCCUUUUCAGCGGCAUUGCCGACGGGUCAGAGUACACUCGAAUCGUUUUACUCAUCGCUGGCUCGCUGUGAUCCGCACACCGUGGAGGCGCUCAAGCGUGCCACAGCCACAGCCGAUGCGGGGGGCGUUGAUGCCACAACAAAUGCGGUUGCAAGUGCCACAGAAGCAACAGCAACAACAGCAGCAGCAACAGCAGCAACAACAACAGCAACAGCUGUGCCACCGAUGAGCUUAGAACUGUCAGCUGUUUCGGCGGCGGUGCCACUGCCAUUGUCACUGCCCCUGCCACAUGGUGAGGCACAGCAGCAGCACCAGCAGCUGCAACGUGGCCGCAAAGAUCAUCAUCAUCAUCACAAUAUCAACAACAACAACAGUCACAGUCGCAACAACAACGGGCAUCGCAACACACGCAGCAGCCACGCCCCUCACGCCCCCACCGGCAACUAUAUGGAGGAUUAUGCCUGCUGCUACGAUCUCUAUCAGAAUGCCCUCUCCCCCUUGGAUGAUCGUCAGCGUCCACGAUCGCCAGCACUGCGUCUCAUCAUCGCCGUCUAUCGUUGCCUCAUGCGCGUCUGCAGCUGGACUCGACGUUAUAUUAAGCGUUUGGUGGAGCACAAAUACUUUCAGCAGGGCAUCCUGUUGGCCAUCCUAAUCAAUACGCUAUCCAUGGGCAUCGAGUAUCACAAUCAGCCGGAGGAACUCACGGCUAUUGUGGAGACCAGCAAUGUUGUCUUCUCCGGCAUUUUUGCUGUCGAAAUGUUGCUCAAGGUGGUUGCCGAGGGACCGUUCCGAUAUAUUGCCAAUGGUUUUAAUGUCUUCGACGGCAUUAUUGUUAUACUCAGUGCCAUUGAGAUCUGUCAAACGUUUGCGGGCAACGGCACCGGAGGUGGAGGCUCUGGUUUAUCCGUGCUUCGCACCUUCCGACUUCUACGUAUUCUUAAGCUCGUCCGUUUUAUGCCAAACCUGAGACGUCAAUUAUUUGUCAUGCUGCGCACCAUGGACAAUGUUGCCGUCUUCUUCUCCCUUCUCGUUCUCUUUAUAUUCAUAUUCAGCAUACUCGGCAUGUAUCUGUUUGGCGGUAAGUUUUGUAAAUUUUUGGACGAAUCCGGACUCGAACGUGAGUGCACGUGUCCCGAAAUAAUCAGCCGACAUCCGCAAUGUGAAUGCGAUCGCAAACACUUCAACAACAUUUUGUGGGCCACUGUCACAGUUUUUCAAAUACUGACGCAAGAGGAUUGGAACGUGGUCUUAUUCAAUGGCAUGGAAAAGACAAGUCAUUGGGCCGCAUUGUACUUUGUGGCUCUAAUGACCUUCGGCAAUUAUGUGCUAUUUAAUUUAUUGGUCGCCAUUUUGGUUGAGGGAUUCAGUUCAGAGCGAAAUGAACGUCGCGAGCGCGAACAGCGUGAAUUGGUUAAGAAACUGCGUGAAGAGACAUUGGCUGAAAAUUAUAGCGAUGGUAUGUACGAUGAAUCACGCAGCGAAGCGGAUUCAUCGACCACUAACGAUAGUUACUACGAAGUACGCAAUCGAUGGCGCAGUGCGGAGGAUGUGCGCAAGCUGCAGGACUCCGCCGAGCUGAUCAUUGAGGCCAAAAGCAACAUGCAUCGCCAGCGUCUACUACAGCCCAUCCAAGACUAUCAAAUUAACGAGCUGCCCUCGCACAGUGGCAGCACUGUCUCGGCCGCUGCCGGCGCCGCAGCUGGCUCCGCUGCCGACAAAGAGGCAAGCAGCAAACUGUUGCCACACGACGACUCGAAACCACCACGUGGCGGUCUCAAAAAGACAUACUCGAUUAAGGAUCGACGCAGCGAGGCGCCACGCCUCUCCAAGAUGCGACUUAUACGCGACCCGCCGCUGAUCACAACGACGGCGGCAACGCCACAGGAUUCGCCCAGCACCACCAUGGACUCGGGCAUGACCUUUCGACAGUGGGGUGACCUUGAGCCGCCCAGCCCGCCGUCGCCGUCGCUGCUGAAGCCGCCGAACAUUUUCACCGGUGGCCAGCGGACACUGGACGAGGGUAUACCCGCCAUCGAUCUCAUACCGCCGUCGCCGGUGUUGGCACACAAGCCGUUGAAUAUAUUGAAUGCCAGCCAGUUGCAAGGUCAUUCACAUGCCACAUCGAGUGGCAGCAUUGCCAGUGGCAGUAGCAAUCAAUUGAGCAGUUUGAUACCGAGUGCAUUGACCAGCAGCAUGCACAGUGUGAUUAUCGAUGAUAUAUCAAAGAAUUCAAGCACAACGGCCGCUGCCACGCCCAUUUAUGUGCCCACCAUAUCAUCAACAGCAGCGACAUUGCAACCACCAACGGAUAGUCACAGUCACAGUCACAGUCACAGCUUGAAUCUAUCGGAUUUGUCACCGUUGACGGUGUCACUGACGGGUUCGCUGAGUUCGGCGCUGGGCAGCGGAGUCGGUGGAGGAGGCAGUGCCUCCACCAGCGGCAGCUCGUCAAGUGAACGUUUGCCUUUGGCACCAGCGAGCAGUUUCAAGCAACGUUUUCGCCGCAGCAGCUCCAAGAAGCGGCCACAAACCUUAAGACCCAGCACCGAUGAUCAUAUCAGUGCACCCGAUGAGGAGGAACAGCAAUUGAAUAAUGGCAGCGAUAAUAGUUGCCUAUUGCGAACAGGUGGCAACGCUGCCGCAAGCAGUGCUGCUGCCGUUGGUGCUGGCACUGUCGAAACUCGCCACAAGGAUACGAAUCGCCUGAGUCCACAGAACUCAAUACGUCGUCUCUCCAACACAUUGAGCAUUGGCAGCGGUCCGGGAAGUCGUCGUGCCUCCGCCUGCAUAUUCAACUCGCAGGUCUAUCAGAAUCUAAAUCAGCCGCCCAAACUGAAGCCGGGAGCGGGACAGCGUCGUAUGAGCUCCAUUGAGUUGGCUUUUAGCAAGACAUCGCAUCUGAAUCUGCACAAUUUGGAGGCAAAUCGCAAGUCCCUGUCGUAUACGAACUCCAAGAUCGAUUUGGAUAAGUGGCAAAAGUCCUACACGAAUCUCAACGAGCCGGAUAUGCUGCAACAAUAUAUGGAGGCGCGGGAUAAGCGCAAGAAUUCCAUCAGUCAUUACAAUCUGAAGAAGCGACUCGAGGAGAAGGAGCUGCAACAGUUACAGCAACUGCAUCAGCAGCAAUUGCAACAACAGCAACAGCAACUCGAUUUGCAAACGCACUCGCAGUUGCCACCACAGCAACUGACCAAGGAGUUGCAACAACUAUCCAUGCAACAGCAGCUACAACAACACUAUCAACAAGCACAACAACAACAACAACAACAUCAACAUUCCAUGGUGCCCUGCGGAGAGCACAUGUCCAAGCUGAAGAUACUCAUCCAGAGACUCACACCGAAGCACUUUACCAUCGAGCGUGAGUCAUACUCCAUGUACGUCUUUCCGGAGGAGAACAGAUUCCGUCAGAUUUGCACGUGGUUUGUGAACCAGAAAUGGUUCGACAAUGUUGUCCUAUUGUUCAUAGCACUCAAUUGCAUUACAUUGGCUAUGGAAAGACCAAACAUCCCUCCAAGCAGCACCGAAAGAUUGUUCCUGUCAACAGCCAAUUACGUGUUCACCGUCGUCUUCACAGUCGAAAUGUUCAUUAAGGUAGUUGCCACGGGCAUGUUUUAUGGCCCGGAUGCAUAUUUCACAUCCGGCUGGAAUAUCAUGGAUGGAUCUUUGGUUACAAUAUCAAUAAUUGAUUUGUUAAUGUCAUUGAUUAGUGAAUCGAGUCCCAGGAUAUUUGGGAUUUUAAGGGUGUUUCGGCUACUUCGUUCCCUGAGGCCGCUGCGUGUGAUUAACCGCGCCCCGGGUCUGAAACUAGUCGUGCAAACGCUCUUAUCAUCCCUGCGUCCCAUUGGGAACAUUGUGCUGAUCUGUUGCACCUUCUUCAUCAUCUUUGGCAUACUCGGUGUGCAGCUCUUCAAGGGCACAUUCUUCUACUGCGAGGGCGAGAACAUUAAGAACGUACGGAAUGCCGAUGAGUGUCGUCGUAUACCCGGCAAUGUCUGGACCAAUCGCAAAUAUAACUUUGAUGAUCUUGGCAAGGCAUUGAUGUCGCUAUUCGUGCUGAGUUCCCGUGAUGGUUGGGUUAAUAUCAUGUAUACCGGACUCGAUGCCGUCGGUGUCGAUCAACAGCCGAUUGUCAACUAUAACGAAUGGCGAUUACUCUACUUUAUUGCCUUCAUACUGCUGGUGGGAUUCUUUGUGCUCAACAUGUUUGUCGGCGUGGUUGUCGAGAAUUUCCAUCGUUGUCGCGAGGAGCAGGAGAAGGAGGAGAAGAUACGGCGCGCUGCCAAGCGAGCACUACAAAUGGAAAAGAAACGUCGUCGGAUGCACGAACCACCCUACUAUACGAACUAUUCACCGACUCGCAUGUUCGUGCACAAUGUUGUGACAUCGAAAUACUUUGAUCUGGCUAUCGCCGCUGUUAUCGGACUGAAUGUCGUGACCAUGGCCAUGGAAUACUAUAUGAUGCCCAAGGCAUUACAAUAUGCUCUCAAGAUCUUCAAUUAUUUCUUUACGGCCGUUUUCAUACUCGAAGCGAACAUGAAAUUGGUCGCAUUGGGUUGGCGUUUGUAUCUCAAGGAUCGUUGGAAUCAACUCGACGUUGGCAUUGUGCUACUCUCCAUUGUGGGCAUUGUUUUGGAAGAGCUCGAGACGAACAUAAUACCGAUAAAUCCGACGAUAAUACGUGUGAUGCGUGUGUUGCGCAUCGCACGCGUUCUCAAGCUAUUAAAGAUGGCAAAGGGUAUACGGGCGUUAUUGGAUACGGUAAUGCAGGCACUGCCACAGGUGGGCAAUUUGGGAUUGCUGUUCUUUCUGCUGUUCUUCAUAUUUGCGGCGCUGGGCGUGGAGCUGUUUGGUCGACUCGAAUGCUCCGAUGAGAUACCCUGCCAGGGUCUAGGCGAGCACGCGCACUUCGCCAACUUUGGCAUGGCUUUCCUCACAUUGUUUCGCGUAGCGACUGGCGACAAUUGGAACGGCAUCAUGAAGGACACGCUGAGGGAUAAUUGCGAUGACGCCGCCGAUUGUGUGCGCAAUUGUUGCGUCAGCUCGGUUAUUGCUCCCAUAUUCUUUGUGAUAUUCGUUCUAAUGGCGCAAUUCGUUUUGGUCAAUGUCGUCGUGGCUGUACUGAUGAAACACCUCGAGGAGAGCCACAAGCAAAUGGAAGAUGAGCUCGACAUGGAAGUGGAGCUGGAGCGUGAACUGGUGCGCGAACAGGAGUUUGCCCAAGAGCAAAAACUGUGCCAGCAGCUGGCGGAGGCGCAGGCGAAAUUACCAAAAGCUCCAACGCGAGCACCACUGGCCAAGGUCAAAUCUCUGCCCAAGAAUUUCAUCUAUAGCACACCCUCGCUGGACAAGAAAUUCCCCAGUCCCAGCUUAAACAGCAGUGCGGCCACCAAUUUGAAUCUAAUGCAAACAGGGCCCGGUACUGCUCGACGUCAGACCAUACAGUACUUUAAUCAGCAACAACAACAGCAACAACAGCAGAGCUUGGCUCUCAGUCUGGCCGAGAUGGGCGGCGCGUUGACGCCUCAGUCGCUGGGCGCACGGCUGGGCGACGGCAGCUUUAACAUUGGCAGCGGGACGGCCGUUGCAGGUACCGCCGCCGAUGUGGGCCUGCAACUGCCGCCCCUCUGCCGACGUGGUCGUCGCGCCUCAGCUGCCGCCGGUUUCCGCAAGCGUGGCGUGCUGUCCAAGGAGCGUUCACUCGAUGAGCAGGCCAUACGGCGUCGCAAUCUGGAGGCGAAGCGUACCAGCUGCGACUCAUUGCCCUGGGGCGGUGAUGCGCUCGACUAUAGGCGUGGCACCAUCUUCGAGAGCCUCGAGAGCGAUGGCAAUAGUCCAUCGGCUAGCUAUGAUCUGGAUAUACGCAGCAUACGCAGCGCCGAGGUGCCACGUUCCGCCAGAGAUUCAGAGCCACUGGCCGUGGUCAGUGCUCUCGUACAGUCCACGCCCACGCCCACAGCCACGCCCACAGUCACAGCUACGCCCACGCCCACGCCUUUGCCCUUGCCCUUGCCCAUCGUCUUGCCCAGCGCACGUCGUCCAUUUGGCUGGUCACAGUCCGUGGACCAGGGCUGCCUGUUGGGCGCCCAGGGACGCAGCAGCCUGCUGUUGUCCGUGCCACGUUGCAUGCCACCGCGCAGUCGCAGCGGCAGCACCAAGCAGCUCUUCAAGCAGCAGGCGCUCGACGAGGAUGCCGACAUGGAUGAAAAUUCGCUGCUGCUGCCCACCGCUUCUGGUUCCGGUUCCGCUUCCGGUUCACUGCAUGUCUCCGCUGCAACUGGCGACUGUCCCGCUCCAACCAAAUCCGAUACGGCGGACAUUAUGCGCAUCAUCAGCGAACGACGUCGCAUGGAUCAACGCGAUCAAAGCGGCAACGAGGACAGCGAUUACAACGAGUUCGGCAACGAGGACAGCGAUUACAACGAGUUGUUGCUCGUCAAAUCGCCGCAAUCCUCAACGGAUUAAGCUUAAGUUCUCUCUCUCUCUCUCACACACACACACACACUCUACCUGUCUCACACUUCUUACAAAAAAAAAAAAAAAAUGCAGUCUGGCCACAUUUAUUUCCAAACAACGUUGCCAAAUUUCACUACAAAUGCACUUAUCGAUAAUUUCGAUAAAUUUUGCGCAACAGAACUGUUGUUACCAGUGCUGCCAGUGUAGCCAUUUAGUUGCUAGAUCUAGCUACUUUUCAACAA